CAAUCGCGUGCCAGAAGAACACGGCUCGUAAUUUUGAACAGACGGAGAGCAGCCAGGCAGAGCCGAGCUUUAUCAAUGCUGUCAUUCACAUGCUGAUAAAUAUGAGUACUCAUGUUAUCACUCCUGGACCGUACCGAGCCACAAAACUGUGGAACGAGGUGACCCGUUUGUUCCGGGCCGGUAUGCCCCUCAGGAAACAUCGCCAGAACUUCCGGCACUACGCCUCCUGCUUCACGGCCUCUGCCGCUGUGGAGUGGCUUCACCAGCUGCUCCGUAGCAACAGCAAUUUUGGCCCUGAUGUCACCAGGCAGCAGACGGUGCAGCUCCUGAAGAAGUUUCUGAAGAACCAUGUGAUCGAAGAUGUAAAGGGUCGCUGGGGCACGGAGGAUCUGGAGGACAACAACAUGCUGUACAGGUUCCCCUCCACUUCUCCUCUGAAGCCCAUUCCCCAUUCAGCUCCAGCCUCGGCCCCUGGCUCCAUUAAGAAAAGGCCUUCAUUCAGGGACAAGGAAGGUUUAUUCAAGUUUAGGAGUAUUAAGAAGCAUGAGAAGGAGACACAGGAAAAUGUAGAUCCUGCCCUCCAAGCCGGAGGAGAGGAUCAGCCAACAGGAGAGCAGCAGGUGCAGAGACGAGAGCUGACAGUGGAGGAUGAACAGGAGAUCUGGAGAGACACCACCCUGACCCACCUGCAAAGGAUUCUGGGUGUCGCAUCUCUUGAUGAGGUUUUAGAACAACGCUAUGUAAACCCAGAGAACAUCAUUCAUAAUAUGACCAAAGUCAACAAGCAUGGAGUGGUCACAUUGGAUGACAAGACCAAUGACCUUCCACACUGGGUUUUAUCUGCCAUGAAGAGCCUGGCCAGCUGGCCGAAGUACGACAGCGCACAGCCGUCUUAUCCCGGCUUUGAGAGAGAUGUCUUCAAAACGGUGUCUGAUUACUUCUACAGCCUUCCGCAGCCUUUACUCACAUACGAACUGUAUGAACUAUUUAUCAACGUCCUGGUGUUUUGUGGGUAUGUUGCAGCACCCACGAUACACCAACGUGGUAAACGCAAGAAGAGUGACCUCCCCUCGGCGCCCCCCCCAGCCAAGACGUCUUUCCGCUCCACAGAGUGCCUCCUCCUGUCGCUUCUCAGACAGGGGACAUGCGAUGAGACGGAUUCGCCAAUGACAGAGGUGCUUGGUGGGAAGGUUCAGUCCCGUCUGGAAGCUUUGAAAGAAGGCGUUGCCAAUGCAGGUGAUGGUCAGUUGGAUGGUGACAGUUGCACAAGCCUGAGUGCAGUUGGUUCUAUGAGGCCUCGAACCAGAAGUUGCUCACUGGAAACUAUCCUAGAUGACUCUGCCCCUCUCACCCGGCAACAGCUAUUCCUGUCCAAUGACAGCCUGGCGUUCAGCGCCUAUACCAACAAGAGCCAGGAUGACAGCCCUGCCAUCACAAUGCCCCACAGUUGUACAGACUUUACAUCUGUAUCCAAAGCAAGCCCCAUUACUUGUGAAAAUGCCCCUGGAGUUACCACCAGAAGUAGACUAUCUGUAGCAGGACUGUCAGCGACACAGAGGUCACACCCCUUGCGGCCACGCAGUGUAGGCAGCUGUCUGGACAUUGUUAUAGAAACCAGGGAGGAAGAUGUCAUGGAGACCGAGUGGCAGGGUCGAGCAACUAGCUGUGUUAACGUGAACACUCCUGCAGACCAGCAUCACUCCUCCUCAGCUUCACAUCCUCCCUCGUUGUCAUCCAAUCACCAUUCUUCUUCCUUUUAUCAUCCUUUUCCUUCCUUCUCUUCAUCUGCUAUGGCCAAAGUACAAGGUUCUUAUGCUGCUACAGGACCUAGUGGGCCCAGGCCCGCCUCCAGUAUUGCUAAUCUUUGGACGCUUCCUGCACCCGCUGUUGUCCGACGUUGCCUCAGCUCUCUGGAUGUGUCGAAGCCGUCUCGACCUGUUUCACUGUUCCAACCGCCUGUCUGUGUGCCCACCAGCAAAUCCCAGCUCCCCCAACCCAAACCUGAGCACAGCCUUCUCCAGCCUCAGUGUGAGCGUGUUGCCAUCGAGGCCCUGCAGCUCUGCACACUCCUCCUCCCCCCAGACUCUCGCAGGAAGUUGCAGCUCCUCAUGAGGAUGAUGUCCCGCAUCAGCCAGAAUGUGGACAUGCCCCGCCUCCAUCCCGCCAUUGGCACCCGAACACUGAUGGUUCACACCUUUUCAGGCUGUGUCCUAGGCAGUGCAGAGGAGUGUGAUCUGGAUGAGCUGUUAGCUACCAGACUGGUGUCAUUUCUAAUGGACCAUCAAGAAAGCAUCCUCUCGGUUCCAGAGUACCUUGUCAGUGCUAUCAAUGACCAAAUACAGUACCUGCGCACAGUACAGAUCCCGAUCGAUAGUGUUUCUAAUGCCGAUGGCGGCGCUCCAGUUUGCGCUCCAGUUCCCAUCUACGCGUUUUGUCAUCAGAUUAGCAGCGCUGAGUUUGAACAGCAAAAGCAGGUAUCUUCUCAGAAGGCCAUGGAGGAGCUGCUGGAGAUCCUGCUGACAAACCAAAACAUAAGUGAGAAGGACAGACGCAAGAAACUGAAGCAGUUUCAGAAGCAGUACCCAGACAUCUACUGUCGUCGGUUCCCCUCCUCAGACCGGGAAAACAACAAGCCAAAGAUUAAACCUCCCCUCCUCAACAUCAAGAAAACCAAAGCUUUCAGCAUCAGGAACUAAACUAACCAUCCAGGUGUCACCAUUAUAGAAGCCACAGUCUUUAUGCCAUUUUUGCUGCACUAUUACUGCACUGACAUUAAGAGAUUUGUAAAAUUCACUUCUCUUUGCAGCCAUCAACGUUUCCUUGUUACAUUGGAAAUACUAUUAUUUCUAUUGUGUCUCACUUAUGUACUAAUAUGAGAGUUAAUGCAGGCUGGAAGACUUCUACAAUGGUAAAUGUGUGUAUUCGUGCUGUGUGAAUGUUUGGGUUGACAGCUGAGUUAGCUGAAGGCAGGUGGACAGUUUGUUAGAGCAGUUCACGUUCAUUACUGUGUCCAAAUAUAAUGUGUUUGAUGAAGUUCAUUGAUCUGUGUUCAUUGGGAUUAGUCGAAUUUUCUCUUUUUACCCAGUUUAGUUUUCUCUCACCUGUCGUCUCUAUUGCUAGCUGAUACUGACCUGUUUGUGUUUGCAUGUGCAUGCGUACAAGAGUGCAUUUUGGGAGAUGAAAUUCUGAGAUCACUGGUCUAUAUGGGAGUAAUUUGACUAUCAAUUUCUUAAUUUAUAUGAAUGAUGACAUUGGGAGCAGUGCUAGAUAUGUCUUGUGUGUCUUUGUCAUGUUAAUUGUUUUUAUAAACUUUACUAAACUUUUUAUUAUAUCAGAAUCAGCAUAGAAAGUUUUAUUUGAAAUGACAUUGAAGUUUGAAUUAGUUUCAUUCUUUUGCCUCUGGCUUUCUUUUUCCUUCUGUUGCUUUCGCUUGUGUUUUCUUUUUUGUAGUGAUGUUUUAGGUUUUUCUCAUAAGGGAACUUUUGAUUUUCAGGAUCUUAGUUUUUCAUAUACAACUCGGUUAUUGUAAAUGGACUUUCCCAGUUCCUUGUGUUUGUUUGUUUCAUCUCGAACCCAUGCCUGCUUAGUUGUUUUUGGCUAGAGAAAUGUUUUGCACUGGAUUUAGGCAUUGUGGAUAGCCAAUAAGGUUAAGCCAAACAUCAGAAUUGUUAAUUUAUACAUAUUUAAUGCAUAUUAGACUCCCCAGGUUAGUCAAGUUUUAGUGUAAACUGUUGCCUCAGCUUGUAAAUAAAGCCUCAUGAAGUUUUUAUUUUUUGUUUUUCUUCAACAACUGCAGCAAUUAAUCAUUUGAAAGCAGUGAAGUGGCUAUAGACUGUACUUAUUGCUUGUAAUGAGAGUCAGAUGGCAUCCAUUAAUUUCAGUGAUUGAUGCUAACAGGUAAUUAGUAAACUGAGGUGCAAUACAGUCAAGUGUCUGAGGAAAUGUCAAGCUGUGUUUUUUUAAUUUUAUUUAUCUUAUAUGAAGUAUUAGUUCAACCCUGAUAUGUUUGUCUAUACCUCAGAUCAAAUGGCGUACAUUUGUGUAUGUCUAACCAUAUAGUGUAUACACUCAUCAGCAGUGUAUUUGGCGCAGACUUUUACAAAGCGGAGUGUAUCUUGUUAACCUUAACAGUUGCACUCUUCUUCUACAUUGUUUACUAUGCAAAGUCUUGGGAAAUAAACCUCUUCAGCUGUCCUAUUUAAA